AUGAGCGCACGCUUCCGCUUGCCUGCAGGCAGAUCCUACAAUGUCCGGGCGACGGAGCUGGAGCGAGACAGGCACCACACACAGGUUGUGUGCAACAUACUGCUGUUGGACAACACUGUCCAGGCAUUUAAAGUUAGCAAGUCCGAUCAUGGGCAGGUCUUGCAGGACGAUGUGUUCAAGCACUUGGAGCUGACCGAAAGAGACUACUUCGGACUGCACUUGACAGACGACUCCUCGGAUGUUCCACGCUGGCUGGAUCCCAACAAGCCCAUCAGGAAGCAGUUAAAAAGAGGUUCCCCCCACAACUUGAGCUUCAGAGUCAAAUUUUUUGUGACAGAUCCCAGUAAACUUCAGGAGGAAUAUACACGGUACCAAUAUUUUCUUCAGAUCAAACAGGACAUUCUAACUGGAAGAUUGCCCUGUCCUCACAACACAGCUGCACUCUUGGCUUCCUAUGCUGUUCAAUCUGAAUUGGGGGACUACAAUGAGACUGAGCAUCCUCUGGGCUAUCUAUCUGAGUAUUGCUUUAUCCCCAACCCACCUCAAGAUUUCCAUAAAGAGGUCGCCAAACAUCACCAGCAGCACAGUGGUCUAUCUCCUGCCCAGUCGGAGUUUAAUUAUCUGAACACAGCACGCACGCUAGAACUGUACGGGGUAGAGCUCCACUAUGCAAGAGAUCAGAGUAACACAGAGAUACUCAUUGGGGUGAUGUCUGCCGGCGUUGUAGUUUAUAAGAACAGGGUACGAAUCAACUAUUUCCCAUGGUUGAAAAUAGUGAAAAUAUCCUUCAAGUGCAAGCAGUUUUUUAUCCAGUUGAGAAGAGAGGCGACCGAGACCCGAGAGACGCUGCUCGGUUUCAACAUGGUGAACUACCGGGCCUGUAAGAACCUGUGGAAAGCCUGUGUAGAGCACCACACCUUCUUCCGGCUUGAACGACCCCUCCCGCCACAGAAGAACUUCUUCACUCAUUACUUUACCUUAGGCUCAAAGUUUCGCUACUGUGGAAGAACGGAAGUACAAUCUGUACAGUAUGGAAAGGAGAAGGGCAUCAAAGACCGAGUGUUUGCCAGAUCUCCCAGUAAGCCUCUGGCUAGGAAGCUAUUGGGGGAAACUGACUGGGAAACAGUGAGCAGGAAUAGCCUAUCAGAUGAAAGACUGGAGACCCAAAGCCUGCCAACCCGCUCGCCCCCCGGGACACCCAAUCAGAAUUCACUGUUUACACAAGAGGGUACGCGGCUACGGCCGUCGUCUGUUGGCCACCUGGUUGAUCAUGUGAUACACACGUCGCCGAGUUUGCCCGUCUUCUCCUCCAAUCACAAGUCGGCGUCCUCCACGCAGGCCAACAGUAUCAGCCUGGACUCCACCCCUUCUCCAGAAGGGGUGGACGGGCAACCUCCAGCUCUGCCCCCCAAGCAGCUGAGCAGGAAAACUUUGAGCCAGAUCAUCCAGGCUCACUCGCAGCAGAGCCUCCUGGACAACCACCUGAACGAGAUGUAUGAUGUUCCCGCCAACACUGACAAGACCACGCUAAAUGGAGUUGUUCCUCAUGAUAAUCUGGUCUUGAUCAAGAUGAGACCUGAUGAACAUGGACGUUUUGGAUUCAAUGUUAAGGGUGGAGCUGAUCAGAAAAUGCCAAUUAUAGUGUCCAGAGUUGCUCCUGGGACAUCAGCUGACUUAUGCGUGCCCCGCCUAAAUGAAGGCGACCAGGUGGUCUUAAUUAAUGGGCGGGACAUCUCGGACCACACCCAUGACCAGGUUGUCAUGUUCAUUAAGGCGAGUUGUGAAAGCCACUCUGGAGAGCUCAUCCUAUUGGUCAGGCCAAACGCUAUAUAUGACGUAGUGGAAGAGAAGGUGGACUCAGAACCAGAUUUCCAGUACAUCCCAGAAAAGUCCCCUCAGGACCCCACCCAGCUAGACCAGCAUGCUCUGAGGGACUCCAUGGUUGCGCUAAAGGACGGUCUAAGCAGCGGGGCCAUACUAGCCCAGUUUGAUCAACUUUACAGAAAGAGGCCAGGGAUGACCAUGCUUUGUGCCAAAUUACCUCAGAACGUUUCCAAAAAUCGCUACAGAGACAUCUCUCCUUACGAUGCCACGCGGGUCAUUCUAAAAAGCACAGAUGACUACAUCAAUGCAAAUUACAUUAAUAUGGAGAUUCCCGCCUCCAGUCUCAUAAACCGCUACAUAGCUUGCCAAGGUCCUUUGCCCAACACCUGCCCUGACUUCUGGCAAAUGACCUGGGAGCAAGGUUCGUCCAUGGUGGUCAUGCUCACAACGCAGGUUGAGAGGGGACGGGUGAAGUGCCACCAGUACUGGCCUAAUCCAGAGAGCAGUGCUACUUAUGGAGACUUCACUGUUACGUGCCACAACGAGGAAGGCAAUUCGGCCUUCCUGGUCAGGGAAAUGAACCUCAUGCACUCACAGAGUGAGCAGCAUAGAGAGCUGACCCAGAUCCAGUACUUGGCGUGGCCCGACCACGGCGUCCCUGAUGACUCCACUGACUUCUUGGACUUUGUGGCUUUGGUCCGGAGCAAAAGGACUGGACAGGACCAGCCAAUGGUGGUACACUGCAGUGCUGGGAUUGGUCGGACAGGUGUUCUGAUCACCAUGGAAACCGCCUUGUGUCUCAUGGAGUGCGGCCAGCCCGUGUUCCCUCUGGAAAUCGUCCGGACCAUGAGAGACCAGAGAGCCAUGAUGAUCCAGACACCCAGUCAGUACCGCUUUGUGUGCGAGGCCAUCUUGAAGGUCUACGAGGAGGGUCUGGUACAACCGCUGACACCUACGGUCUACCAGCUCCGAGAGAAGGCUGAUGGAUUGCGGGAAGAGGAGGAGAAUACAGAAACGGAAGGCAUAGCGAAAGCAGGGGAUGAGGAAGCGACUGUGGCGGAGCUGCUGGAAGGAGGUUUAGACGAGGAGGAGGAGGACGACGACGACGAAGAAGUGGAGGUGCUCGAUGUCGGGGAGGUGACGGAAGACGAAGUGGAGGAGCCCAGCAUCGCCAGCGCCACCAGCGAGACCAGCGUGAACCCUGACCCCGAUCCUGACGAUCCGUGA